AGCUGCUCGGAUUCGGAUCGCGGAUUUUUCACAAGACGGUUUCGUUUGUGUCUACCAGGGGUCUCUGGAGUGCUCUAAACAUUGAAAGUGAAUCUGAGAGGGAGAGUGCUGGUGUUGCUGUUGGAUAUUCACUGGAUAGUGCUGGAUUAAUUUUAACUGGAAGCUGUGUGAUUUUUUUAAGUGUACCGGGAUGGGUUGCUGAGAGUGUGUUGGUGUGCAAAUGAUCGUGUUUCCAGGAGAUCAAAGGUGAUAAAAUCGGGGAUCGGGGAGGCAGUAAAAAAGUAACAACAUCCCACGAUGGCGUAAUUACCGAGUGUAGUCGAUCGACUGUUCAGGGGUGUAUCUUUUAGUGUUUUUCUUACAAACGAAAGCCGCGUGGCUGAGGGGGUUUGCAAUUAUAGCGGCUGUCAGUUGUUGUUAAUUGUGUGUGCUCCGCAAUUGUCACGUUUUUCGACGGGUUCAAAGUGCUUGGAGGGCAAUUGUGGGAAUCGGCAAAAAGAAUUCCAACGGAUAAAUCAAUAGACUUCAACGCUCAGUAAGCGACGAACCUACGGCUUUUUUUGUGGCGCAACUAAACCCAGCUAAAGUGCGCUGAAAAUGUCCCCGAAUUACGUCACCCAGUUCCAAACGCAGUGUCACCGAAACGUCAACCCAAAUAUAUCGAAAUUCGAUUUUUAUAUUAUUACAUAAAAAGCGAAUCGACCGCGGGGCGGGUUUGGUGAAAAGCAGCAAAGUCGCGAUUCGAACGCAGAGAAAGAAGAAAACCCAAAAAGAGAGUGAAAAGAAAACCGAUCAAAACAUGAAAAAAGAAUCAACUUUGCUCGAUGCAGCAAACGACGACGGCGUGUGUGUGUUGUAUUAUUGCACAAAACGGCCCAAAGGCGAAAAGAAAUUCCAAUAUUACGUCAAGCGUGUUAAGUGUUGAGUUGAGCGAGCUCGCGACGAAUCGCGGAGACGCAAUUUGCAUAAAUAUUGAGUCAAGUGUGUGGGAUAUAAAAAAAAGUGCGACUUCUGGCGAUGCAUUUUGAAGGAGAAGAAAAAGUCAACGAUUUCCAUUUCAUAACUCGCGAAAUGUGUUGAGUGAUGAAGAAGAUGUGUCAAACGUGACAACUGAUAGUGGGAGUUUGCGAAAGAAAUAUACGAGUUCCAGUUUUUGACUGACUCUGUCAGAGGAAAGAUAGUCAACGAGUGAAUUGAGAAAAAAAGGUGCAAAUCAAAUACAGAAACUAGCACCUUAACAGUUAAAACACGACUCACAACAAGCACAUGAUAUCGCCGGAAGGUCCAGUGAAGUGUUGGUCGUGAAUAAGCUCUGAUCCCGGAGAGAGAGAAUUAACUCUCGCACGUUUUCGUUUCGUGCGGCCCCCCUCUGAAUGAGGGCUUCCAAUAAAUAAUGACGUCAUUUGCAGCAGCCAUUAGAAGCUGCAGCUGCUUCGCCGGGAGGCAACGUCAUCGCUGGUUGACGUUCGUGCUCACGGCAUGGGCAGUGAUAGGAUCGAUUCCGGUUAUAGAAUCUCAAGAUCUGAACACACCACCUGUGAUAAUAGUAGAACGCAACUGGCGGCUACGGGAAAACACCACCGUCGGAACGAUAAUCACUCAGGUGCGGGCUGACGAUGCUGACAAUGACGAGCUGGAGUUUGGCCUCGAUCCCCUGAGCAACAAUCAGCUGCAGCCUUUCAUAAUCGAAGAAAACACCGGCAUUGUGCGGCUAAACGAAAGCCUCGAAGGUAAAGGUGGUCAGAAUUUUUUCGUCUACGUUACUGUUACGGACGGGCGAGUCACUUCGAAAAACGAAGUGUACGUUAACAUUCUAAGUCAAAAUGCCACCCAGAUCUACCGGACGAGGGGGCCCCAGUUUACCCCAAAUAUCGAUAGUAUCCGCAAAAUACUGCCACCGGGAUUCAACAUGCCGGGCAUCAGUUUACCCCAGGUGCCUCCUCCACCACCUUUGAAUCCCAGACCAACUCCGCCUCUGGUACUUCCAUCGAUGCCAGAUGCUCCAGUUACACCCAAACAAACCAAAACGUACACCGAAUCUCCUGGAGGUACCGACACACCUGAGGCGUCUACCAACGCCACCAUAACCAAACUAUCUCCGGUCUCACCGAAUAAAAAACCUUCAUCCGGUUCCGUAUCGCCAACGGAAUCUAGCACUGACACCAGUGCUACCACCCCUAAAGAUGCCAGCGGUGGAACUGGUUCAAAGACUUCCACCGAUCAGACUCACCAGUUGACGGCGAUCCUGCCGGUCAUCAUCGCAGUGGUGGCCAUCUUCCUGACGGCCGGGCUCGUGGCGAUCUGCAUUUUCCGCAAGUACCUGUGCGCCAUCAGCAAGACUCUGAAGAAAAAGAACAAACUCGACAAAGCCAAAAAGUCAAACCAAAGCAAUCUCAGUAGCAAUAUGAUGAUGAUGUCCAGCAACAACAGCACCACGACCACGGCCGAGGACUCGCGGAACUCGAUUGGCAUGAACCACUGGAAUGGGCCGAUGGCCUUCAGCAACCGGUACACCUCGCCCUGGGACCAGAAUGCGCACAUGCAGGUCACCUCGCAGCUGUCGAACAGUUCCAACAAUUCGGGCGGUCCGAAGGACCGCUGGGAGUUCCCCCGGCACCGGCUAAAGGUGUUCAACAUUCUCGGCGAAGGGGCAUUCGGCCAAGUUUGGCGCUGCGAAGCCACCGACAUCGAGGGAAAGGAGGGCAUCACCAUUACGGCCGUCAAGACGCUCAAGGAGAACGCCAGCGAGGCCGAGCGAAGCGAUCUGCUAUCCGAACUUCAGGUGCUGAAGUCUCUGGAACCGCACAUCAACGUGGUCCGGCUACUCGGCUGUUGUACCGAAAAGGAUCCGGUCUUUGUGAUACUGGAGUACGUCAACCUGGGCAAGCUGCAGACGUUCCUGAGGAAUUCGCGAGUUGAGAAACACUACGGCAAUACUCAUGGAAAAUCUAAAAUAUUGACGUCCGGGGAUCUAACUUCCUUCAUGUACCAGGUCGCACGAGGAAUGGACUUCCUUACAUCGCGAGGGAUCAUCCACCGGGACCUGGCAGCGCGGAACAUCCUGAUAACGGACGAUCACACCUGCAAAGUGGCCGAUUUCGGCUUCGCCCGGGACAUCGUCACCUCCAAGGUGUACGAACGGAAGAGCGAGGGCCGGCUUCCGAUCCGAUGGAUGGCCACCGAAUCGCUGUACGACAACAUCUUCACCGUCAAGUCGGACAUCUGGAGCUUUGGGAUCCUGAUGUGGGAAAUCGUGACACUGGGCUCGACGCCCUAUCCGGGCAUCGCUGCUGCAGAGGUGAUGCGAAAAGUGCGCGACGGCUACCGACUGGAGAAACCGGAACACUGCCGCCGGGAGCUGUACAACAUCAUGUUCUACUGCUGGGCCAAGGACCCGAAUGAGCGGCCCGACUUCCCGGAAGCCGUUGAGAUGUUGGACCGGUUGCUGCAAACCGAAACCGACUAUAUCGAGCUGGAACGCUUCCCGGAUCACAACUACUACAACAUGCUGAACAUGAGCGGCGAGAAGCUGUGACGGGAUGUUUUGGACUACGUUUAGGGAUAGGCGUGUGAGAUUAACCGUGUCGAAUAUGUAAUUUGUAAAUAGAAAAUGUUUUACAAUUGUGAUAAGCCCUCCCCGUCAGUCUUCUAGUGCAGUUUAGUUUUUUAGGAACUUGCAGGUUGGCAUUCUGAUUAGUGAUUUUAAGUAACGACUUGUAUUAUAGAGCUAUCGAACGAGGUUGAUGGAUUGGCAUAAAAGCUAAUCCGAGCUGCUUUAUGUCAAGUUUUCUAAAAGAAGCAAGGUCUAACAAAAUUCAAAAAACAAAUAUGAGUGAAAGUUUGACCUAAAGUAGUUAACCAUUCAAUUGUAAAUAACGAACAGUUUCGAAGAAAA